ACAUCUUAGCUUUGUAGAUUAUGCCGCGGUAUAUAUACUGAUCCCCAUAGAGCAUCCAGUUCUGGCAUCCACUACAUUUCUCAUCAUGUACAAUCUUGCCAGCUGCCAGUUAGCUGAGUGAUACUUUCUUUGGUUGGGACAUGCCAUUUGUUUCACCAGCUAUUUUAACCCAUAAGUACUCUAAGUACACUUGUUCAUGUUUUUCUAAAAGAUUAGCUUCUCAUCUCUUAUACCAGCUGGUGUUGUAGACCUGCAGAUAUCUGAAGGCAAACAUGCAGCAGCAGCAGCAGCCGCCGGCUCAGAGGAAGAUGGUGGCGUCGAAGAAGCUCAUGAAGGUGGGGCCGUGGGGCGGCGCCGGCGGGAACCCGUGGGACGACGGCGGGCACACGGGGAUCCGCAGCAUCACCCUGUCGUACGACAGCCGCUGCAUCGACUCCAUCAGCGUGGAGUACGACAGGAACGGCAUCGCCGUCCCCGGCGAGCGGCACGGCGGCACCACCGGCAGCCUCACCACCCAGAUCAAGCUGAGCUUCCCGGACGAGCACCUGACGGCCGUGAGCGGCCGGUACGGCCCGGUGGCGCCCGGCGGCUCGCCUGUGAUCCGGUCGCUGUCAUUGAGGACGGAGCGCGCGGCGUACGGGCCGUUCGGCGCCGCCGCCGGGGAGGGCAUGCCGUUCGAGUUCGCCGUGGAGGGGGGCGUGGUGGUGGGGUUCUGCGGGAGGAGCGGGUGGCAGCUGGACGCCGUCGGGAUGUACGUGGCGGCUCUGCGGCCGGAGAGGGUGUACGACAAGGUGCAGAAGAUGGGUAUCAUGGCCUACCGCUCGGUCAUGCAACGGCUCGGGCCGGCGCCGGCGGCGCAGCACCAGCAGGACGAGCUGGAGGAGCAGGGGAGGGUGCAGCACCAGAACGGCAGUGUGGUUCAGACAAAUCGCAAGACUUACUAGUGUGGUCGGUGGUCGGUGGUCGCUAGCCAGAAUCGCAAAUUCAUGGCUGGGUUUCGACUUUCGACUGAGCUUGAUACAAAGCUAGUGUACCUAAAGCGAAACGCGUAACAUGUGCUCGACGCGGUGAUUCUCCAGAGGCCCGUGAAUGUAUUAGCCGUCGACAAGA